AUUGCGAAACCCCUGUAUGAAGCUCAGAAGACUCAGCCACUCACCUGGGGCAAACCACAGAAAGAAGCCUUCCUAAAAUUGAAGGAAGCACUGACAACUGCUCCAGCACUAGGGUUACCCGAUCUGUCUAAAGAUUUUCAGCUGUUUGUAUAUGAAAGGCUGCGCCUAGCACUAGGAGUCCUGACCCAAUGUCUGGGAAGCUGGAAAAGGCCAGUGGGCUACUUUCCCAAACAACUCGACAACAUAAGUGCCGGGUGGCCCCCAUGUCUGUGGGCAGUCGCAGCUACUGUGAUCCUGAUACAAGAAGCCAGGAAACUUACUAUGGGAAGGCACAUAGAUGUCUAUGUACCACACAUGGUAACCACUGUCUUAGAACAAAAGGGGGGCCAUUGGCUAUUUCCCAGCAGGAUGAUGAAAUUCCAGGUAGUCCUGACUGAGCAGAAUGAUGUCACAGUAAAAACAACUAACCUUUUGAAUCCAGCUUUGUUCCUAGGUACCACAACUGAAGAAGGCCCAUUAGAACACAACUGUGUAGAAGUAAUAGAGUACACCUACUCAGCAAGAGAAGACCUGAAAGACGUCCCACUAGAGCAGCAGCUGGAGUGGGAGCUGUUUACAGAUGGGAGCAGCUUCGUGGAAAACGGAACCAGAUACGCUGGAUAUGCGGUAACAACAAUCAAUACAGUAGUGGAGGCAAAGGCAUUACCACCAAAUACAUCUGCCCAGAAGGCAGAACUGGUUGCUCUAACUAGGGCACUAGAAUUAAGUGAAGGGGAAAAGGUAAAUAUCUGGACUACUGACUCAAAAAAUGCUUUUGGAGUGGUGCAUGUACACAGAGCACUGUGGAAAGAAAGAGGAUUGUUAUCUUCUCGGGGUAUGCACAUUAAACAUCAGGAUGCAGUCCUGCAAUUGAUAAAGGCAGUACAAAAACCUGAACAAGUGGCAAUCAUACACUACAAAGCACACUAAUCAGGAAACUCCAAAAUCUGUGA